AUGAGCCAACUCCUCACGGCGCGGCAGGCGGAGGAGCUACACAAGUCAAUUAUCGCCUAUUUCGCUUCGGUGAACUUGCCUCAGAGCUCCGCAGCACUACGAGAAGAGCUUGGCGACUCGGUCACGCUCGACGACUCUACGCUGAAGAAAUAUGAAGGGCUGUUAGAGAAGAAAUGGACCAGCGUGGUUCGAUUACAAAAAAAGAUCAUGGACCUGGAAUCACGAUGCGCCGCCCUCCAGACAGAACUAGAUACCGCGACCCCCACGUCAUUGUCUCAGAAGAAUAAGGAUCCCGCCUCUUGGCUGCCGCGAGCGCCUGCUCGCCACGAUCUCGAGUCGCACCGUGAACCCGUGACCUGUGUCGCCUUCCAUCCCAUUUUCUCCUCCCUCGCGUCCGGUUCAGAAGAUACCACCAUCAAGAUCUGGGAUUGGGAACUCGGCGAGCUCGAACGUACUGUCAAAGGCCACACGAGAGCUGUCUUGGAUGUGGAUUACGGUGGCCCGCGAGGAGGAACUCUCCUUGCUUCGUGUUCAUCUGAUUUGUCGAUCAAGCUAUGGGACCCGGCUGAUGAGUAUAAGAAUAUUCGAACUCUGCCGGGCCACGACCACAGUGUGUCCGCGGUCCGCUUUGUUCCAUCAGGAGCUGCUGGAUCUCCCAUGUCCGGGAACCUGUUAGUAUCUGCAUCCCGCGAUAAGACGCUCAAGAUAUGGGAUGUGACAACGGGAUACUGCGUCAAAACACUGGACGGGCACUCUGCAUGGGUACGAGAUGUCGUGCCGUCUCCAGACGGUCGGUUCCUCUUCUCCGCAGGCGAUGAUCAAGUUCCACGCCUAUGGGAGAUCUCGUCGGGGGAAACUAGGGCAACAUUCUUGGGCCAUGAACACUACAUCGAGUGUGUAGCCUUUGCCCCUGCGACAAGCUAUCCACAUCUUGCGCCUCUUGCUGGACAAAAGAAGCCGCCACCGGCAUCGUCAGCCGCCGAGUUCGUAGCCUCCGGCGGGCGUGACAAAACCGUGCGCCUCUGGGACGCACGAGGCAACUUGCUCAAGACCCUGGUCGGCCACGACAAUUGGGUUCGAGGACUGGCUUUCCAUCCCGGUGGAAAGUACCUCCUUUCCGUCUCAGAUGAUAAAACAAUUCGAUGCUGGGAUCUGACUCAAGAGUGCAAAUGUGUUCGCACGAUCGAGGCCCACGGACACUUCGUUAGUGCCAUUCGCUGGGCUCCUCCGUUGAUCAAGGAGAGUGCUCCUAACGGUGAGGCUGGAGCAAAUGGCAGCGCAGAGGGUGGACCAAACGGAGUUAAAAACGAUCCCAAGGCAGCGACGAAACUUUCUAUCCGCUGCGUCCUAGCAACCGGUAGUGUGGACCUCAAAGUGAAGGUUUUCGCAUCAUGA